AUGGACAACAACACUGCCAAUGCAUUUAUAGAAGUUUUUGAUCAACCUCAGGGAAUUGUUACGGUAAACGAGGGUGAGGAAAAAGAAGAUUUGGAUCCAGAACUUGUAAAACUUGAAAAUAUCCCAAGGUUUGAACCAUUGAUAAAACCCCACAUUGAUACGGGUUUUAUGCUAGGUGGACUGUGGGGUUCAACACCACAGGUACAUGAAAAAGAACCAUCUUUUGGAUUUGAGUCAUUAUUCAACUUUUCCUUAAUUUACCAAUCACACAUAAAAAAAUGUGUUAACGAAAUUUGUGAAGACCAGCGAGUAGUCAUGGAUACAGUGAAAUCAGUGGAUGAAUAUUGUGCACAAAUCAAUCAAUCAAUAACAGCCACACAAUUACAAGCAAAAACAAACCAUGAGCAAAUUAGUGUUGUUAAUGGUCUUAUAAAACAAGUGGAAAAAACACAUAAAUUAGUCUACGAAAUAUUUCAGACAUUGAACAAAUUGGAAAAAUUGAUACCAGAAGAAGGACUAUUUGGAGAUCCAUCUUCAAGUUCCAAAUGGCCUACAAUUCAUAAAUUGUGCUUGACAGCUAAACAAAGGCCAAGUCACACUAUAAAAAUGCCGCAACGUACGAAUUCUAGUGUUGUUGCUGUAUCACAAUACAAUGUGUUAUCAGACAAGCAUAAAGACUCGGAAGUGCUUAGCCCAAUCCAAAAUACAGAUUGGGUGGCAUCAAUAGUGCAGUUAAUCGAACAGAUCAACCCGAUCAAAGACUCGGCCAAAGACUCUGUCAAGGACUCAACCAAAGAUCCGACCUCAUUUGAUUAG